AUGUCGUCCGGCCACGGAGAUGCGAAGCUCUUUGCCAGGGGCAAAGUUGCUGAGCUACGAGCAGAGCUCGCAAAUGCGGGCAAGAAGGACAAAAACCACGCAAGCAAGAAGAAUGCUCUGAAGAAAAUCGUCGCAAACAUGACCAUGAGCAACAAUGACAUGGUCGCACUUUUUCCGGAUAUCGUGGCUUGCAUGGAAAUACCCGUGCUUGAGAUCAAGAAGAUGUGCUUCUUGUAUCUCCAACAUUACGCAAGAACCAAGCCGGAUGUUGCUUUACGGGCAUUGCCAGUUCUGCAAGAGGACUUGCAAGAUCCGAAUCCUCUAAUACGAGCGCUCGCCUUACGCACGAUCUCCUACGUCCAUGUUCGAGAAUUCGUCGAAGGGACUGUUGCGCCACUGAAAAAACUCAUGGGAGAUCAAGACCCUUAUGUGCGAAAGACCGCUGCUGUAACGGUGGCAAAGAUCUACGACCACGACAAGCGCCUCGUUGAAGGCUCAGACCUCAUCGACAGGCUCAACAGGAUGUUGAAGGACGAAAAUCCCACCGUUGUGGCAAGCGCUCUUUCCGCUCUACAAGACAUCUGGGAGCGAAGUGAGAACAUCAAGUUGACUAUCGAUUAUGCCAGCGCAUCGAAAAUUGUCUCAAUCCUGCCCGACUGCAACGAGUGGUCACAGACGUAUAUUCUCGAAUCACUAAUAUCUUACGUCCCGCACGAUUCAGGAGAAGCUCUCUUGCUGGCAGAAAGAAUCGCAUCCCGGCUCUCGCAUUCGAACUCAGCCGUGGCGCUCACCUGCAUUAGAGUCAUUAUGUACCUGAUGAACUACAUUGCCGAUCAGAAAAAGGUUGAUGAACUCGCGCGCAAGCUAUCUCCUCCUCUAAUCACACUUCUCUCGAAACCACCUGAGAUACAGUACCUUGCCCUCCGAAAUGCCAUACUCAUCCUCCAACAACGGCCAGAGGUUCUGCAAAACGACAUCCGGGUCUUCUUCUGCAAAUACAACGAUCCUAUAUAUGUUAAGGUCACAAAGCUCGAGUUGAUAUUCAUGCUCGCAAAUAAGAACAAUAUCGGAGUCGUCCUCAAUGAGCUGCGAGAAUAUGCGACAGAAAUCGAUGUCCAAUUCGUACGCAAGGCUGUUCGAGCAAUCGGAAAGCUGGCCAUUAAGAUCGAGCCAGCAGCCCGACAAUGCAUCGAAAGCUUGCUUGAGCUUGUCAACGCUAAGAUACCUUAUAUUGUCCAGGAGGCAACCGUGGUCAUUAAGAACAUUUUCCGCAAAUAUCCCAACCAGUACGAAUCGGUCAUCUCGACCGUCAUCGGCCAAAUCGAUGAGCUCGAUGAGCCCGAAGCCAAAGCGGCCAUUAUCUGGAUCAUAGGGGAGUAUGCAGAUCGCAUUGAUAACGCCGACGCCCUGCUCCAAGACUACUUGUCCACCUUUCAUGAAGAGCCGGUCGAGGUUCAACUUGCUCUCUUGACGGCAACUGUCAAGCUGUUCCUGCACCGACCAACCAAGGGAUCCUCGAUUGUUCCGCAGGUGCUAAAAUGGUGUACGGAAGAGUCGGACGAUCCCGACCUACGUGAUCGAGGGUUCAUGUACUGGCGCCUGCUCUCCACGGAUCCGGCAACUGCCAAGAAAGUGGUCAUGGGUACCAAGCCACCCAUCACGGCCGAGAGCGAAAAGUUGGAUCCGAAUACCCUAGAAGAGCUGUGCCUAGGCAUCGGUACCCUUGCAACCAUUUACCUAAAACCGGUACAACAAGUCUUCCGCUCCGCCCGACCACGUCGCCUCGCGGAGUCACCUGCUCUCCAACGCAAAAAGGAAGACUUAAAUCGCGCAAUGACAGGCAUGGACCUCGCCAACCCGCUAUCUUUAAAUACAGCGGCCAUGUCACCCGGGGGUACCACUGUGCAAAACCACCAGGCGGCAGUCGCAGCUGCGGACGAAUACUUCAAGAAUCUCAGCUUGAGUGACAAUAGCGCCGGGGACAUCCUGAUGAGCCCGACAAAUGGCGGCGGGUUGGGGAAUCCAUACAUCGUCAGCCAGAACGCGCCACAACACAGUUUCCACCCACAGACAAGUGUUGCAAAUGACAAGGAUCUUCUGUAUUAG